GAACGAAAGAAAUCGAGGGGCGUCAAAUGGUGGCAAAACGUCAGAGUGCAGUGAGAGAAAAUUCCAUUGGUGGUAUAUUUUGCGGAAAAACUCACGCUAAAAUCGUCCAGAGAUUGUUCAUUUUAGCAUAAGUGUGUUGUGCAAGGAUUCCCCAGUGAUAAACUAUUGAAAAAGUGCACUAAAUAGUGAGAUAUCUGUGGUAGGGCGGCAUUGUAAAUUGCAAGAGAAACAUGAUGGUUGAAGAUUCGGGAACUUCGGAAGCAACCAGGAGAUUAAAUGUGAAGAAGCAGACACUGGACGACGCGUAUGCAGUUCCAGCUAAUUUCCUCGAGAUUGAUGUCGUAAAUCCCAUGACGUCCAUGGCAGCGGGAAAGAAGAGAUACACAGACUAUGAAGUUCGCAUGAGGACAAAUUUACCCGUCUUCAAAGUGAAAGAGUCCAGCGUUAGGCGACGAUACAGUGAUUUUGAAUGGCUCAGAAACGAAUUGGAGAGAGAUAGCAAGAUUGUUGUACCGCCGUUGCCUGGCAAAGCGUGGAAACGUCAAAUGCCCUUCCGCGGAGACGAUGGCCUUUUUGAUGAGAACUUCAUUGAGGAACGACGAAAAGGAUUGGAAAUUUUCAUAAAUAAAAUUGCAGGACAUCCUUUGGCGCAGAAUGAAAGAUGUCUCCAUAUGUUCCUUCAGGAGCCCACCAUUGACAAAAACUAUGUCCCAGGCAAAAUUCGGAAUACAUAAAAUGCAGACAGGAUAAUUAAUUUCACCAGAAUACAUCUAAACAUAAAUAGUUUUGUACGUUGUGAAGAGUGAAGAAAAAUUACCUUGAAAUUUAAAAUUUAUAAAUGUAAUUUUCUGAAAAAAAAAACAAAUGAAAAGGAGAACUUUGGAGGGACAAGGAUAACAGUGAAAAAUAAUUUUUUAAAAAAGAUUUUUCUUUAUAGAUUUGUUUUGUUCAAAAGGUGGUUUUACAUGCAAUAUAUAAAUGAUAAUUAGAUGAAUAGAAUUGUAAUGUAAAGAAACAGCGAUACAGAAGAAGAGGAAAAAAAAUCAAGAUAAAAAUUCUAUUUUUGGAUAAAUGGAAAAUUAUUAAAUUUGUCACUAAACGCAAAUCUUAUCUGCAAUCUCCUACAUUUACAAUACAUUAUAAUAAAAAUAUUAGUGAGACGAGAGACAGCAACAUGUUAUAAUGAAAAGGUGGGAUUUUUUUUAAAUACACCUUUUUUACGAAUAAAAAAAAAAACAAAGUACAUUUAUUUUCUCAAAUUGUAAGACAGUAAAAUUUAUUUUCUAGCAAAUAAUGUAUUAUAGAUUAAUUCCGUGGUAAAUUUCAAAGCUACAAUAAAUUUAUCAAUUUGAAUCUGUUUAUUAUUUUUGGAUGAUAUGAAAGUGAAAAUAUUUUUGGGCAAUAUGUAUUUCUCGAAAUUUUGAUGACAUUUCAAUAAAAAAAAUUUUGGGUGAAAAUGACACGAUUAAGUUGAAAGAAAAAUUAUUAAAGAUGGUGAAUAACAUUGUGUUGUAAAAAAAUCAUUAUCAUUAGAAUGUAUGUAAUAUCUGUUUCAAAUGAAAAAUUUCUUGAAAAGAUAAAUAAAAAUGUUUCAAUCAUUUA